AGGAACAAAGGAUGAAAAUGAGGACAAAACGUCCUUCAGAGCAUUCUUCUGGUAGCCCGCCCAACAAGACAAUCCGAUGCAUGCCCCAAGUCACUGCCCUCAAUCCAAAGACAAGCUUUAACCAAUAUAAAGACUGUGCAGAAAUGGCUACGGAGUUCCCAGAUAGUGACUGCUUUCCAGAAGGCUUUUCUGAUGGCGACCUGAUCAUCGAUGAAUCCAGCAAUAGUGCCAAAUCAGACCAAGGAGGCCUUGUAGAUGACCGCAGGGCAGAUCAUGUUGAUGACAACCAUGGGGAACUCGUAGAUGACCAUCAUGAUGAUCUAGGUGAGGACCACCAUGAAGAUCUAGUGGAUGACCAGACAGACAUUCCAGUGGAUACCAAAGAAAAUUUCAAUUUUGCUGAAAAUGGCCUGCCUGCUCUACCCCCAGAACUAGAACCCAUACAGAUAAAGAAUGAAGAAGUUAACAAGCUUGGUAAUUUACCCAUUCAAGGAGGCAAUAAUCAGUGUCCCAGUUGUGGCCGUAUCUACAGGCAGGUGGCUGGCUACCUUAAACAUAUCCAGGUUUGUGGGGGCAAAGAAGAAUGGAAGUGCACUCAUUGUUCCUAUUCUACCAAGCACCAAAGUAAUAUUUACCAGCACUUGAGAGUGCACACAGGUGAACGUCCAUACAAAUGCCGGGGGUGUGGUGCAAGCUUUACACAGUGCAAUAGUUUGAAGCAACACAUCAUCUCUCGCCAUGGCAAGGAGAAAGUGGAGGAAUACUACUGCUUACAGAAGAAAGAAGGCCGUCAACGAACCAUGCACAUGUAUCGCAAGGUCACUGGAGAAGAGAAAGCAAGACUGGAGAGGCAGAAAGUAGAGCAUUUCAUGUCUCUCCAGAAUGGUCUUGCCCACCACAACCAGGGGAUGGGCAGUGUGCCACUAAUAGCCAGCCACAUGAGUUAUCUACAAGCUAUUGCCAUGGGACAGGUGCCUGGUUUACCUAUUCUCAACGGAGGCCUUCACCCCUUGCCACCACUGAAUGGACAGCCUCUUGGGGGCAUGCCCAUGCUGAAUGGGAACCCCCAUCUGCCAAUAUUUGACCAGAAUGGUGCUAUGGAUUUAAGCGUCCCAGGGCUGGAUGAGGGGACCAAAGACCAUGGCCGUGUACAGCUCCGCAUUCCAAAUGUGACCACUGCUGGUAAUGUCAAUCAUGCUGACCAAUCGUCCAAUAUCUUCUUCCAAGAACAACAACCUGCUUUCAACCUGAUGUCCUCCAGCCAAAACAACAACAAUCAUAGACCAGUGCCAGACAACCAGAAACCAGCUGCAUACGAGGCGGACCCAAGAGACAACGACAGCGGAGCAAUGACACCAGCCAGUCCAGAUGACCAGCCAAUGGAAGAUGACCUGAGCCUUGACCCACCCCAGCGCCACCUACUAGCAGAACCAAAGGGUACAUCUAUUUUACAGAAUGGUGACAUACAUGAAAUGUCAAGGGAUCAAGAAGAAGAACACAACUGUGUUUACAAGCAAAAACUUUGCAAAUUGCGUCGGAAUGUUGUGAGUAUGCUGACCCUCUUGGUACCUGACCUGGACCUUGGGGGGAGUGGCAUCAGUGCCCACAGUGACAAAGUGGACCAGCUCCUGCAGGAGAUAAUUUACAGCAAUAUGAACACUUAAACCAAAGUUUUAUAUUUAUUCCAGAUGAGCAGGAACAAUGUAAUGUACUUAAAUACAAGUGAUCUUAAAGGGGUUGUUUUGAUAAAUGUUAAGAAAGCUACUUGUCGUAAAUUGAUUAACGUAGAGGCACAUAUCUCCCAUUGUGCAUUUCAUCUUUUAAAGGGGGUGUGCAUCUAGCAUUCAAAAAGAAGAUAAUCAUGAGUUGAUAAGGACCAAAAUUUGUUGAUGGUUUAGAAAAAUUCUUGCCUUCAAGUAUUGGAGAAUUUAAUGAAGGUUUUUGUGUUUUGAGAAACCUGGGGUCCAGACAGUGUAAUACUGACCCCCACUCCUUUUCACCCAAUAAUGAACUAUAUAUCAAAUGAAUAGAUCUGCUGUGUGCAUUUAUAUGCUUCUUUUGACAAAGCCAUAUAACAGGUGCCAAGGCAAUUUUUGUUGGUAUUCUUGUGCCAUGAUCUUGCAUACAUACAUCUAACCUAUCAGAGCUUUUAUAAGGGUUGAGCUCUAAUUUACUUUUUACUUUUUGUUAGAUUUUUUUGUACCAAUAGUAAUGUUAAAGUUGCCAUGUAUAUCAUAUAGUCUGUUGUAUGUAGGGAAUUGGGUGCAUACCAAAGGUGCAGUUUCUAGCCUGUAAUGUGUUAUACUUAGUAUUAUUGAAAUGGAUCUCAGUGUUUAGUUAUAUACAAAACAGAUGUGCGUUUAUUGGUGCUAUAGAUUUAUUUGUUUUUUUAAGGGUCUACAUUAGUGAGUUGUAAACUCUUCCAUAUUCCAUUCGAGUAGCUGUGCAACAUUCCAAACUCAUUUGAUCUGUUGUGCAAAUAGUCUUAGGUGAUAGUUUGUGUGUCUGUAUAAUGAUUUAUUUAUGUCAAUUUUUUGCUGAAUUAGAUCUGUACUUUUUGUAUAUUAAUUAUAAGUAAAGCGGCCAACAGUGUCUGCAACAUGCACUUAUUCAAAUGAUGCCAAAACUUGGGACCCUUUUUUCUUGUGUCCUUGAUCAAAUAAAGGCAACUUGAAUAUGCCACCAGAUAAACUGCUGUGUUUUGAAAUAGCUAUUAUGUGUGGUGUGGUCCACUGCUCUAUAAUGUCUCCCAGGUAGCCAAGAGCAUAUCAGUAGCCAAAUAUAUACAAUACUUGUAUUACUGUGGUCUCACAUAUUUAUAUAUAUAUAUACUGAUUAUCACAUAUUUAGAAAUACACUAUUUAUGUUUGAAAUCUAUAAUCUUUUGUCCACAACUGGAUGUUCUGUGUUAGAAAACCUGUGAAAUGUUUAGACAUGUUGAAUUUUGUUUGUACUUAAUGGAAAUUGAAAAGUGCAUCCUGCAAUUUAGUAAUGUGAAUUAUAUCUCUGUAAUUUAAAUGAGGUGCAUUUAAGAGACUGUCAAUUGUUACUUUAAGUUAAUGCUAUAUACUUAUGAACUGAACUACUUGAUCUUUCAAGAACCAUGAUUUUUAGUUGAAUUUGCUUCUCAUUCAGAUCAUUACUUAAAGAAUAUUUGGAAAACUUGCAGGGUUUUUACAGUGCUUUACAAAACAUCCCAACAUCUAGCGGGAUUUAAAUGCCUUGUUCUUAUGACAUUUAUAGCAAAAACAUGAUACUGAAUAUGUUCUGAAUCAAUUUUUUAUUUACACACUUGUAUUUUGAACAAAUAAUUAUUACUCAUUUUUGGCAAUUAAUCACACAUUAGGUGCAUUUUUUAGUCUGUGUAAUUGCAUUGUGACACUUUUUGUAUAUAUAUAUUUUUACAGCCUAAUCCUUGAGCAGUUGAAGAGCUGGAUAGUCCAGCCAUUAUUUAGAAUACAUACAUAUAUACAUAUAAGUAGUUCUUUAUUCCGAUCAUUGAAAAAAAAAGAUUUUGAGUAACUGUGUUUGUACAGUUUGUUUUGUAGGAAAAGUAUAUCAUUGUAACAGUAUUAUGGCUUUUGUACUGUAAGCAUUAUACAUAGAAAAUGUAGUUUUGAUAUUUUGUGACUUUCUAGUUAUAAGCAUAUGUGCACUUUGUAGAAUUAAAUGUUAUUGAAAUUAAA